ACCCGGAAGUAACGGCAAAAUGGCAGCGGAGAGAGCGCCGUGGUUGGUGUUGGGGGGAGGAAUCGCUGGAGUCACCUGUGCCGAGCAACUGGCUCUGCAGUUUACAGAGGAUGACGUCUUCCUGCUGACCGCGGCUCCACUCAUUAAAGCCGCCACCAAUGUUAGGCAGGUGUCCCGAACUCUGGAGGAGUUUAAUGUGGAGGAACAGGCGAGCAGCACGCUGGAGAGACAACACCCCAACAUCAAAGUCAUCAGUUCUGCCGUCAGAGAGUUAAAGGCGGAGGAGCAGCGAGUGAUUACAGAGGAUGGAAGACACUACACCUAUGACAGGCUGUGUCUGUGUGCUGGAGCCAGACCCAAACUCAUCGUGGACGGGAACCCCUAUGUGCUGGGCAUACGGGAUACAGACAGCGCUAAGACCUUCCAGAGUCACCUGGCCAAGGCUAGACGGGUGGUUGUAGUGGGGAACGGAGGAAUCGCUCUGGAACUGGUAUAUGAGAUUGAGGGAUGUGAAGUGAUCUGGGCGGUGAAGGACAAGUCUAUCGGGAACACGUUCUUUGACGCUGGAGCUGCUGAAUUUCUCAUCCCACAACUGAGAUCUGAUAAACCAGAGACGCCCCUGGCCUGCAAGAGAAGAAAGUAUACUACAGAGUCCUCUGCAGAGAGAGAAGAGUCCCGCCUGGGUAGUGCAUUAGGGCCUGACUGGCACGAGGGGAUGAAUCUGAAGGCUGCACAGGAAUUCUCCCGCUGUGUCCACAUAGAGAUGGAGUGUGAGGUACAGAGGAUCCUCCUGGGUGAUGAAUUCAGGCAGCUGAAUGUCCUGGCUCACUGUGUUCCCCAUGGAAACGCUGCAGAGAACAGCGCUGCCUCUGGCACAGUUGAAUGGCCAGUUUAUGUGGAACUGACAAAUGGAAAAGUGUAUGGCUGUGACUUCAUCAUCAGCGCUACAGGAGUGGUACCGAACAUCGAGCCAUUUCUUCCCGGAAAUAAUUUUGAGAUUGGAGAAGACGGAGGUCUGAAGGUGGAUGACCACAUGCGGACAUCAGUGCCCAAUGUAUAUGCUGCUGGUGACAUUUGCACUGCGGCCUGGACGCCGAGCCCCCUCUGGCAGCAAAUGAGGUUGUGGACGCAGGCGCGACAGAUGGGCUGGUACGCAGCAAAGUCUAUGGCGGCCGACCACCUGGGGGAGAAGAUUGAGAUGGACUUCUGCUUUGAACUCUUCGCACACGUUACCAAAUUCUUCAACUACAAGGUGAUCCUGCUGGGGAAGUACAAUGCACAGGGCCUGGGUCUGGACUAUGAACUGAUGCUGCGCUUUACCAAGGGACUGGAGUACAUCAAAGUGGUGAUGCAGAAUGGCCGCAUGGUGGGGGCGGUGCUGAUCGGGGAAACGGACUUGGAGGAAACAUUUGAGAACUUGAUAUUGAAUCAGAUGGACCUGUCAGCAUAUGGAGAGGACCUGCUGGAUCCAAAUAUUGACAUUGAAGAUUAUUUUGAUUGAGAUCUAUAAUGGAAUUAGGAGCGGCAGGAAAUGUAGAAUCUGGUUUUGGAUGCGUGGCGAAAAAAUAAUAAGUUAUUGGAAGUGUGCAGGACACACAGUACUGAGUGACGUUCUCU